CAAUUAUUGACUGUUGUUGAUUGACUGAAUUUCCUGGUAUAUAUACCGGUGGAAGGGUUAAUCGUCGAUAUUAGUAUCUUUUAAUUGGAGAUUCAAAACUGAUAAUUUUUGAAGAUGCGUUUACAGAGUCUAAUUGUAGUUUAUUUACUUACAUUGCUUUCGGUGAUCGCUUUUAUCACUUUGGUAGAGAGUCGACAGUUCGAUGAUAAUAAAGUGGCCUUCCGGUCUGACAAUCCUGGACUUUCGCAAAUCAGCUUAGACGGUUCGCUCCAAAAGCGACACAAGCACCACCACCACCAUAAACACCACCACCAUAAACACCACCACCAUAAACACCACCACCAUGACCACCAUCACCACCACGAUAAACAUCAUCACCAUGGUCACCAUCAUCAUGAUAAACACCAUCAUCAUGACAAAUAUGACUGGUAAAGGUCCAUCUUCACGGUACCUAAAGAUUGAUUCGACGUCCAAAUGCAACGUGAAUGAAUUGGAAGGAAACAAAUAAUGUGCAAAAGCUAUUUGUUUAUUUCGAUAUUUCAAGUUGAUUCGGUUUAAUCAAUAAAAAGCUAUUUAAGAUUUGCAA